GAGAAAACAGUUUUAGCAUAAUGAAAGCCCUAUUUUCUGUGCUUUUUCUGACGUUUUUGAUUUUGGAGGAGCUAUCCUUUACUGUUGCGGAUUUGCAACAAGAAAAUUCAAACGAAAAAGGCGAAUGUAAUGGGUAUUGUUUUUCAAUUUUUAAACCCGUUCUCGAUCAUUUUGUACAGCUAAAACAAUCAGGUGAUAAGAACGACGAACUGAAGGGCAAUAUAAAUACUAUGGAAAAAACUAUUAAGGAUUUGCAGAGUCAGUUGGAAAUGAACGAAAAGCUUCUGAAUGUGAAAAAUGAACAAAUCUCUAGCCUAAGGAAUCAGAUAAGUUCGAUUGAGACAACUCUUUCUGCAGUAUCUAAUCAGCUUUCGGAAUGCCGAAAAACUGAUGUCAAUUUGAAAAUUUCCGAGAGUACAGUGAAGAUCAAAGAUGAAAUCUCGGAUCUAAAGAUUUAUAUUGAAUCGAUUAAGAAAACGAUAUCAGAAAGAUACGAUCGGAAGGAAAAUUUACCAGAAACAUGUCCCAGUGGUGGUUCCAAUGGCAUUUACGAACUAAAGCCUCGAGGCAUGGAAUCCUUUAAAGUGCCAUGUGUUUCGCCUGCCCCAGGAUGGACGGUAAUUCAGAGACGUUUUGACGGAUCCGAGGACUUUAAUCGAACCUGGGCGGACUAUAAAAAUGGAUUUGGGGACAUUAAGGGCGAGUUUUUCAUCGGACUGGAGAAAAUGUACUUGCUGACCAAGACACAACCAUACGAGCUUUACAUCAAUCUUGGAAAAGUUGAUGGAUCCAGUGGCUACGCUCGAUACGAUGAUUUUAAAAUUGGAAGCGAAGCUGAUUCAUAUGAGCUUAAAUCGUUGGGCGAAUAUUCUGGUACGGCCGGAGACUCAUUAAAAAACCAUAAGAAUAUAAAGUUCAGCACAACUGACCGGGACAAUGAUCAGAACAAAUUAAAUUGCGCUAAAAACCACGGUGGAGGUUGGUGGUUCAUUGGUUGUGCAUAUAGUUUCCUUAAUGGCAAAUUCUUUAGUGAUGGUAAAAGAGAAAGCGUAGAAAGGCAUGGAAUAUAUUGGGGCUCCUUUCAUAGCUACGACUACCAAAUGUCACUUACCUUUGUGGAAAUGAUGAUUAGGCCUAAAUCCCUUUAAGUACAAUUGUACAUUUUUAAAUAGUUCAAUAAUAAAUAACCUUGUUAUAGGAUAUGAAUUUUAA